AUGGCCACCGUGCACCACCCUGCGCUACCCGCCGUGACCGACUAUCCGACCAAGAGCUCCCACGCCAACGAGCUCGACGAGGCUCGGCGACUCUUCCUCGAAGAGCUCGCGAGCCCCGAGGCAGACUGGGAGCAGCAGGGCGAGCGCGAGGGAGUCCAGCUCUGGAGCAAGGCCGACCCGAAUGAUCCUUAUGCAGUACCGACCGUCAAGGGCGUCACGACCGUCGAGGGCGUUUCGGCUGCAGCUUUCCUCGGCGGCGUCAUCCAGCUGCCCGGCAUGCGCAAGCUGUGGGACGCCCGCUUCCAGGACGGCCACAUGCUCGCUCGGUACGACCGCACCACUUUCGCCUUCUACACCGUCAUGAAGGGCAUGUCGUGGAUCGUCUACCCGCGCUCGAUCUGCGGUGCCCAGAUGAACGUCGAGCCCGAGGACGGCGACCCGCAGGGCGAGCGCAUGGUCAUCCAGACGAGCGUCGACGAGCCAGAGUGGGCGCCCGAGCAGAAGGGCCAGACGAGGGCGACGCUCACGCUCAGCGGGUGGCAGCUCAAGCCCGACGGCGACAACCUCAUGGUCACCUAUAUCGUCAAGAUUGCGCUCAACGGCUCGAUGCCAAUGCCCAUGGUCACCAUGGUGGCCACCGAGACGCCGCUCUGCACGGGCCGAGCGCGCGACGUCUUCCGAGAAUAUGGUCACGCUCCCUACGUCCGCAUCCCUCGAGGCGCCGCAGAACCCGCCAUCAAGUUCCAGACCGAGUCGUUCUCGGACCCGCCCGCUCUGCCGAGCCUCAACACGCACCCGCGCGAGUACCGCUGCAUCUUCACGACGACCGAAAAGGCUGGCGAGUCGUUCGAGAUCGUGUACGACCGGCGGCGCAUGUACGCCGACGGCGUGCGGGUCGAGGUCGAGGGGGAGGAGGGGGCCGAGGUCUCGGACGACGACGAGGGCGUCUUGACGGUCACGACCAAGUCGGGCGGCGUCAACGUGACGGUCAUCGUGCGGCCUCGCCCUCAGUAGAAGCUCGCGUCCUGCCAUGCCACUGCGUCGGCGC